UUGUUUUCUUUUAUUUCGUAUGUUGUUUUAGCGCGCUCGUUGAAGAAAGCCCAAGCUCCGGUGGCAGUCAACGGUUCCGCGGACUCCGCCGCUUUCAGCGAUAACAAUUUAAGCAAGGAUGUUUGCGAGUACUUCGAUACAAACGUCGUGCCGCCUAGUCAGAGUACGGAAGUCUACAGCAAAUUUAAAGAGCACGGAGAAAGCACGACGGCGCUGCCCUCGUCGCACAGCGAGGACAGUAUAUUCGCCUCUACUUAUCUACCGUCGUACAUACGCGUCAGCUGUGCUUUAAGUGGAUACGCCAACUAUCGCCGUUCUCCUGGCCAGUAUGGAUCCGUGAUGGACGCUGACCACCGCCAUGUGAGUUCCACUGCCAAAUAUCCGUGGUCGCCACCACAAGGUCCGGGUACCCUUCCUCUGGGCAGAAGCCUGGUCGAGCGUCGUCUUCAGAAGUUCGAGUCGCCAUCCGAAGCCACGCCACCGGUGCUGCCCACCAAGCCAAAUGACCAGCAGUCGCCGACAUCCGUGACAAACGAUAAGAGGGACACAAAAAGCCAGGAGAUAAACACCGACGUGGUCCUCAGCCCAGUGCCCGUCAGAGAGUUGAUUUGUAACUUCAAUCGUUUAACAUUAAACGAAGACGUAUCCUCCGUUUCAUGUGAAUCUCAGGCUAUUGUUGUCGCGAGUCCCGCGGUCCUGUUAGAAAAUGGAGAUAUGCACGUUGCUGAAGAUUUGGCAAAAUACGAUGAGAGCAACGUGGGAGAAGGUUUUAUUACUCGUGAUGGUGCAUACUUCAAAAAGACCGCCGCCGAUGAGCGAUACCGCAUCGAACAUCUCUGUGCCGAGUACGAAGGCUUUCUCGAAAACAACGACGGCAUUUCUGAAGAAGUGUUGGAGAAAGUGCGCUUAGCUGUUGGAAAGGCGAAGCUGUUACUCAGCAAAAAGUUUAGAACCUUCGAAGAGCUGAUUGAAAGAAAUCUGAAACCGGGUUCAGAAGAUGAACAGAUACCUAACGAAGCCGACCUUGAUGGCUACUGGAAGUUAGUCAGCAUCGAAAUAUGUGAUAUAGAUAAAUGCUUUAAUUCACUGACCAACCUGAAGUCUAGCCAGUGGGCUGCAUCCGAAGGGGAAGAGGAUACAGCGGGAAUUUCUCCAGAUACAGUGGCUGAAUCGAUAUCACCACCUUCAACUAAAAAGGUAACAAAGAAAAGGGCAGUGACGACAAAGCCCGGAGCAAAAGUGUCAGCUAAGGUUGCAGAGGAAGCACGACAGCGUCUAAAGGAGGCAAAAUUGUCCGCAAUGGAAAAACAGCGGAAGCUGAAUUUGGUAGCCGGCGAUAACUCAGCGAACGAUGUACAAAUAUUCGUUUCAUGA